AUGGUUCCGAUCCGCUCAACGCGCUCUCGCCUUCCCCAGCCCGUCUUCAACAGCACCGUGAAGCGUGUUCGCAAGAGACCUGGAUCUCCCAUGGCGGCCCCAUCACCCACUCGUCGCUCAGCUUUCGGCAUCCUCGGACUCUUCUCUGACACUCAUAACAGACGACAGCAGCACAUCCCCCAGAACAAGCGAGAGCUCUUCACCCGGCAAGUCUUCCCUGUAUCGGCUAUUCCCUACGAGCCGCGCCCGCUCGGCGGUAUCGACAUUGACUACGCUGCGCUCGCCUUCGCGCACUACAACCCCAACCUCCGCGUCCAGUACCAUGCCGGCCUGACGCCGCUGCUCUAUGAACAGGCGUCGCGCAUCGCCGACCGACCCUCCCUCGGCUCUUCCAAAAUCGCCGAGUCGCUAAUCAGCAAGUACGACCGGGAGCUAAACGAUAUGCGCGAGAUCAUGAUGGAUGCACACUCCGCCGUGCGGCAGAUCGACAACGAGGCCGCUAAGUGGGGUGAAUUCGACAUGCAGGAAACCCUCUCCAGAGCGGUGUACUUACACAUCGGUCUAGCCGUGAACAGCUUUUGCGAGAACAGCGACAACUUUAAGGACCUGUCGCGCAACGUCCUGUGGACCGGGUGGCAGUGGGGCGACUUUGAGGGCGCUCCAACCGAGUGGAUCGGCCAGUUUCGGGGCAAGCCCCGCGCCGUGUGCCACUGGAAGCUCGACAUGACCGAGGCGGACAUGCACGCACUCGUGCUCGCGGGCAAGGGCUAUGCGUCCGCAGGCCAUCCGCUGCAUCCCGGCUUCUAUGCCUCGCGUGUGGAGCGAAACCAUCUGGACUGCACGGACGACCGUGUCACGGAGAACGCCGCCAAGGCGUGUGCACUUGUGAGUUAG